AUGGUGUGCGUGCCGUGUAUCAUCUUGCCGGUUCUGUUGGCCAUCUACCUCAAGUUCAUCCAGCCGCUCAUCAUGCGCUUCAUGCCGGAGCGAUGGGUGCAUUUCCUCGACCCGAUCCUCUACCCAACAUGCCCGGUUAAAAUCCCGCCUCCAGCGACACCGAGCGCACCACCGAUGGAUGGAGAAGUAGCAGAGGAGGCCACCACUUCGUCUUGCUGCGCCGACGAUGAAAACAAAAAGACAAAA